AUGGGUAUGACCGGCCACUACGAGUACCUGAAUGCUGAGAAGCUUCAUCUCCAGGCUACUAGCAAUGAUACUUCGAUUGCUUUCGUUGAGGGUGCUCAGCACACUAUUGUCACUUGCACUGUGUGUGAGUCUUACCCUGGUGAAUAUGGCAACACUGCUGAAACUUGCUUCAACUACGUCGCUCAAUGGCUGGCCAAGCCCGGUCGCUUCCUGUAG